ACACUAGGCUGCGUUGAUGGAACGUUUAUUAAAAUCGUGGCUCCAACUGAAAAUGAACCGGAUUUCGUAAAUAGAAAGGGGUUUCAUUCUUUGAAUGUACAGAUGGUUUGUGAUGCCAACUUCAAAUUCACGAGUGUGUGUGCCAGCUGGCCCGGUAGUGUCCAUGAUAGCAGGAUUUGGCCGGAAUCAUCUCUUUGUCGACAAUUUGAAAGAGGUGAACACAACGGCAUUUUGUUGGGCGAUUCUGGAUACCCAUUAGGCGUUUUUUUAAUGACGCCAUACCUCAACCCACAGACAAACGCUCACCAACGAUUUAAUGCAUCUCUGUGUCGAACCAGAGUUCUCAUUGAGCAAAGUUUUGGCAUUCUGAAACGGAGGUUUUCCUGUCUCCAAGGAACUCUGAGAACGACUCCGGAACAGGCAGUAGCAUACGUCGUCGCUUGCGUCAUUCCUCAUAAUCUUGGGAUUCAAACUGGUGAUGUGUUGGACAGAUUGGACCAUCCAGUGGACGCAUUUGACCUGACCGCACACCAAGUUGUGUGCAAUUCUCUUGAGGGAAGUCACUUGCGAGAUUAUAUCGCACAGACGUAUUUCGGGUAG